AUGUCAGAUUAUGGAUUAUGUAAGUGUUUUGUCUCUGCAGCUGUUGGUCGUGGUUCUGCCCGCAGGAGAAGCAGCAGCAAAAAAAGAGACCCACCCAACAUGAUUGAAGCGACUCCUCUGAGGAUCGUUCUUCUGGGUUCGAGCGUGUCUGAAAACAGUCUGGUGGGGAACUUCAUAUUAGGGCGAGCAGCAUUCGACAGCGAAGCUCCUCCAGACAUUGUAGAGAGAGUCAGAGGAAGACUGAAGGACAGACACGUGAUCGUCAUCAACAGUCCUCAGCUGCUGCAGACGAGCAUCUCGGCUCAUCAGAUCACACGGACGGUGAGAGAGUGUGUGAAUCUGUCUGAUCCGGGGCCUCAUGUGAUCGUUCUGGUCCUCAGUCACGAGCAGCGUUCAGCAGAAGAUCAGGAGCGUGUGGAGAAGGUGCUGCUUUCUUUCUCUGAGAGCGUUUAUCGACACGCCACAGUGAUCACCACACAAGAGCCCACAGAAGCCAGUGACAUCCUACAGAAAAUCAUUCAGAAAUGUGCAAACAGACACUUCAGACUUCAGAGAAGCAGUUCUCCUGAGGAUCUUCUUCAGACGCGUUUGAGAGAUUUCUGA